AUGGGAGACAGACUUACUCAAUUACAAGAUGCUGUUGAUCAGCUAGCCCAGCAAUUUGUCGCAUGCAUUCACUACAUCAACCGACACCACAACCUCGAGACGCUAGGUCCCAACGAUCAAAUUAGAGAUGUGAAGCAGGAGCCUGGUCAAGAAGAGGGCAAGUCAACCCAGCCUAACCUGUUGGAUCCUCACCCGGACGACGUCUUCAAAGCCGCGCAAGUCGAGCUCGCUCAGGACCUCAUUACGAAAGAGCAACAGAUCGAGCUCCUCAUCUCCCUUCUCCCCGGCCUCGACAACAGCGAACAGGACCAAGAGCGCAAUAUCAAGGAGCUAGAGGAGGAGCUUAAGGUCGCCGAGGCGCAGCGGCAGGAAGCUAUCAAGGAGAAGGAAGAUACGAUGGCGAAGUUGGACGCAGUCAUCCGCAGCAUCAGACGCCCGCACUAA